AUGGAAGAAGUCAGGGCAUGUGUGAGUACAGGGAACAAAGGGAUCAUCUCCGGUGGAUGUGAAGUUGCCAAUGAUAAAGUGUACGAAGAGUACUUGAAAAUACGGAAGAGCGACUGCCUAGUCCGCGGAGGAGCUCCGGAUAAAGCAGGAAACUUAGCCCGUGAACCAACGAGCAUUUCGAAGUUUGAUGAGUGGCAAAAGAGCCGCAGGCAGUAUGCGAUGGAAGCGCUGUUGGCUGCCAAAGCAGAAAGCCUUGGCGUAUUCGUGGGAGCAAGCUCCAAAACUGACCAUCUCCAUGUAUCGCAGCGUCUCAAGGAUGCUCUGGACUACUUUUCCACCUUUCAAACCCUCAGUGGUAGGUUGUGGGCAGUGUACGAUACCGAUUCACGUGACGCGACUGAGGCGAACAGUCCUGUUCAGACUCUAACUUGCAGUAUCACACCUUUUCCUGGACAAGGUAUUAGGCCGGGAAAUGCCAGUGGUUGGAAGGUGACGCAACAGUCGCCUUCGUCAAUAAAAUUGGAGGUCUAUAGCGGGAACGACCCGCCGCUAGCCCUCCCGGUAUCCAUUAUUCCCCCCAUGGUCCCAGUUAACCUCACCCUAGGAUCGGAUAUGGACAAAUUCUAG